AUGAGUACCUCAACAUCUGCUCUUGAAGACUUGCCUGACGUUGAGAACCGUGAGCAACAAGCCUUUGUCAAGUUUUUCAGAGCACUCGAUAGUCCCGAAGAAAAUACCAUUCGGUUAUUCGAAAGAGAAGCCAAUGGAUCUGUGUAUUAUACAUUUCACGGUGACGAUGCCAGCUACGUAGCAACGCAUGUGUAUGAAACAACCUCUGUGAUCCAGUAUUGGUACGGCGACCAUACGACUGGAUUACCCACAACCAAAUUGACCAACAAGGCUGCAGAAUCGUUUCUGAGAGAUUUGUUGCUGAACAAGCAUAUGCGCAUUGAAAUUUGGAAGUUCAUCCAAAAUGAAUGGCAAACUAUUCGCAAGGCAUCACCAGGCAACUUGCAGGACGUGGAGGAUUUCUUGUUUUCCAGUACGCACAUGACAUCUGCUCCCGUUGUGCUUGCUAUCAAGUAUAGUGUAUCAGACGAUAACAAGCUUGUGGGUGUCGCCUUUGCAGAUACAACUAUUCGACAAUUGGGCGUUAGUCAGUUUAUCGACAAUGAAUUGUUCUCUAAUUUGGAAUCUUUGAUCAUUCAAUUGGGCGUCAAAGAGUGCUUGCUGCUUGCUAGUCCUGGUGGUGGAAGAGAAGAAAAAGAUAUAGAGGGACACAAAAUUAGAGGCAUUCUGGACAGAUGUAAUGUCAUUGCAACCGAGCGAAAAAAGAGCGAUUACGACAGCAAGCACAUUGCACAAGAUUUGAACCGUUUACUGGAGGGAGACAUUUCUGUAGAAGCUUUGCCUGAAUUCGAGAUGAAGAAUUCCAUGGCAUCCUGUGCUUGCAUGAUCAAAUACUUGCAGCUGUUGGAGGACGAGGAGAAUUACAGCAAAUACACAUUAAAGCAUCACGACUUAUCACAGUACAUGCGAUUAGACGGACCCGCAUUGAGUGCAUUGAAUCUGAUGCCUGCAGCCAAAGAUGGAUCCUCUAGCACCACCAGUUUAUAUGGAUUAUUAAACAAAUGCCAAACAGCACAAGGAAGUCGGUUGUUUACUCAGUGGCUGAAGCAACCUUUAUUGAGCUUAAACAGCAUUCGCGAACGUCAGGAUAUUGUAGAGGCAUUUUACAACAAUACGGAAUUGAGGCAAUCACUGCAGGAAGAUCAUUUGAAGCAAAUUCCUGAUUUACAUCGAUUGGGUAAAAAGUUUCAAAAGGGCAAUGCCACUUUGCAAGACGUGAUCCGUAUCUACCAAGUAGUCAUUCGUUUACCAGCCAUGGUGCAGUGCCUACAAACACAAGUGCCUGACGAUCCCAAGAUUGCUAAGCUGAUUCAAGACACCUACACAUCCCAGAUCAGCGUGUGUGCAGAAGAGCUAUCGAAAUUGGAGGAGCUGGUUGUUACUACCAUUGAUUUGGAAGCUGUAGAUAAUCACGAGUAUAUUAUCAAGGCUGAAUACAAUGAAGAGCUGCAAGACCUCCAUCAACAGUUGGCUGCGCUGAUGAAGCAAAUGGAAAGCGAAUACAGACGUGUAGGCGAUAAACUCAACCUGGACAUGGAAAAGAAGCUCAAGCUUGAAAAGCACAGUUCGUACGGCAACUGUUUACGUGUCAUUGGUCGCAGCGAAUCCAGCAAACUUCGCAACAAGAGUGAAUUCAUUGAACUUUCCACACAAAAGGCAGGCACUUAUUUCACCACACUCAAAAUGCGCAACCUAAGUGACGAGCACCGGGAUCUAUCAUCACAGUACGAAGACAAACAAAGAGGCAUGGUCAAGGAAAUCAUCGCCAUUGUGGCUACCUACUGUCCUUCUUUGGAAGCACUUGGCUCCGUGCUGGCGCACAUGGACGUCUUGUUGAGUUUUGCUCACGUCUCUGUCAUGGCUCCUACGCCCUACGUGCGUCCCACCAUGCACCCCUGUGGCCAAGGCGAUGUCAUUCUUACAGAAGCACGCCAUCCUUGCUUGGAAAUGCAAGAUUAUGUUACGUUUAUUCCCAACGAUGUCGAGAUGAAGCGAGAAACGUCCGAGUUCCAGAUUGUCACCGGCCCUAAUAUGGGUGGUAAGUCGACGUAUAUUCGUCAAGUGGGUGUCAUUGCGCUCAUGGCACAAAUUGGUUGCUUUGUGCCUUGUACAUCUGCUACGCUGUGUAUCUUUGACUCCAUCUUGGCGCGUGUCGGUGCUGGUGAUAGCCAGCUCAAGGGCGUAUCGACUUUUAUGGCUGAAAUGUUGGAAACAUCAGUCAUCUUGAAGGCUGCUUCUCGAAACUCGCUUGUGAUUAUCGAUGAAUUGGGCCGAGGUACUAGCACGUAUGAUGGUCUUGGUUUGGCAUGGGCUAUUUCAGAGCAUAUCGCAACAAAGAUUAGAGCAUUCUGCUUGUUUGCCACUCAUUUCCACGAACUGACGACAUUGAAUGAGACAGUGAACCAUGUCAAGAACUUGCACGUUGCAGUCCAUGUGGGUGAACAGCAUGACGUGACAUUGCUGUACAAGGUGAAUGAAGGUGUGGGUGAUAGAAGUUUCGGUAUCCAUGUUGCUGAAUUAGCCAACUUUCCUCGGUCUGUCAUCAACCUCGCUAAACGCAAAGCAAGUGAAUUGGAUGAUGAAGCGGAUACAUUGCGAGGGUCCAGCAAGGAUGAGCCUCAAUCGGUGAUUGAUGGUAAUAAACUGAUGCAAGACAUGGUGCGUGAAUUGGCACAUGCUGCCAGCGGUGCAAUGCCAGAGAUGCUGGCAUCCAAGAUUGAAGCCAUCAAAUCGAAAUACGCUCAGGACAUCCAGAACAAUGCCUAUUUAAAACAAGUGUUGAUGGAUGUGGAUACGGAAUAA